AUGCUGCCCGCGCUGCCCCCGGAGAUGCGCCAGAACUACCACCCUGACUGCGAGGCCGCCGUCAACAGCCACAGCGCUCUGCAGCUCCACGCCUCCUACGUGUACAUGGCCGUGGCCUUUUACCUCGACCGAGACGACGUGGCCUUGAAGCAGUUCAUCAGCUUCUUACUGUGCCGCUCCCGCGAACACAUUGACCAAGCCGGGCGCCUGUUGUGCCUGCAGAACCGGCGUGGGGGCCGCCUCAGCUUCCACGACAUCAGGAAGCCAGACACCAGCGACUGGGAGAGCGGCCUCAAGGCCAUGCAGUGCACCUUGCUCCUGGAGAAGCGCGUCAACCAGAGCCUGCUCGACCUGCACCAGCUGGCCAUCGACAAGAGCGACCCCCAACUGUGUGAUUUCCUGGAGACUCACUACCUCAACCGGCAGGUGGAAUUCAUCAGAGAGCUGGCGGAUCAUGUCACCACCCUGAGCAAUAGGGAAGCCCCGGAUGUCGACAUGGCAGAGUACCUCUUUGACGAGCUCACCCUGAGCGACGGUGACAAGAAGAACUGAGCCUGGACUGGACUUUCCUAGAGCCACGGGGUGACUGCUUAAGGUCACCAUGCCUGCCACGCAGACCGCAGUAUUGCCCUUGCAGAGAAAGUUCACUGAAGUUUUUUUCUUCCAGUUUUGUCAGUUCUUCCCAUAAAGUUAUU